AGCGGUUUCCCAUGGUGACUGACUGUGAGUGACAAGCAGGUAUCAAAGCUAGCUUUCACAUAGUAUAUGCGAGAGAGAUGAAAGUUUUUCGUGAAAGGUGCAAACACGCAAAUUAAGCAAUCACAGCAGACGUGACAGCCUUUGGCAUUUUAGGGAUCCUUGGUGUUCGUAGCUGAUAACCGGAUGUUAUAUGGAGAAAGCCUGUGUGUUGCAUUUUAGCAAGUGAAUUGCUUCGCUAUCCUGCUGGCUUCUUUUCCCAUUUCUCCCACUGUUUUGGAAGCGCUGUGGUGGAAUCAUAACGUUAGGUAAACCCAUUUUGCAGACAACUAGCUUUAGCAAACCAUCAGCAUACAGAACUCCUGUUGACUCCUGCCUGAGAAUUGGGUGUCCUUAGAAACAUAUUUUCGUGGAUCACACCAUCUGAAGGCUCGUCUGGACAGCCAUACGUCUGCUGUCAGUGCCGUUUGACAUCCAGUCGGGGUUUCUUUGAAGGGCCUGUAUCCUGGACAUCACAAAACUGGCGGACAUGGAUGAACAGAGUGUUGAGAGCAUAGCGGAGGUGUUUCGCUGCUUCAUCUGUAUGGAGAAGCUGAGAGAUGCCCGGUUGUGUCCACACUGUUCCAAACUGUGCUGCUUCAGCUGCAUAAGGCGAUGGCUAACAGAACAAAGAGCCCAGUGCCCACAUUGUCGGGCCCCUCUGCAGCUGCGUGAGCUGGUGAACUGUCGGUGGGCAGAGGAGGUCACCCAACAGCUAGACACACUGCAGCUCUGCAACCUCUCCAAGCACGAGGAGAACGACAAGGACAAGUGUGAGAACCACCACGAGAAGCUGAGUGUGUUCUGCUGGACCUGCAAGAAGUGCAUCUGCCAUCAAUGUGCCCUAUGGGGUGGCAUGCAUGGGGGCCAUACCUUCAAGCCUCUGGCAGAGAUCUACGAGCAGCACGUCACCAAGGUGAAUGAGGAGGUUGCCAAGCUACGCCGACGACUCAUGGAGCUCAUCAGCCUCGUCCAGGAAGUGGAGAAGAAUGUGGAGGCGGUGCGUGGGGCGAAGGAUGAACGCGUUAGAGAGAUCAGGAACGCCGUGGAGAUGAUGAUCGCACGACUGGACAACCAGCUCAAGAACAAGCUCAUCACACUUAUGGGUCAGAAGACAUCCCUGACUCAGGAGACCGAGUUGCUGGAGUCUCUGCUGCAGGAAGUAGAGCACCAGUUGAGGUCCUGCAGUAAAAGUGAGCUCAUCUCCAAGAGCCCGGAGAUUCUACUCAUGUUCCAGCAGGUGCACAGGAAGCCCAUGCAGUCGUUCGUCACCACACCUGUACCGCCCGACUUCACCAGUGAGCUGGUUCCUGCUUAUGACUCCAGCGUGUUUGUGCUGUCCAGCUUCAGUACUUUGCGGCAGCGGGCUGACCCUGUCUACAGCCCCCCACUGCAGAUCUCAGGCCUCUGCUGGAGACUAAAGGUUUACCCUGAUGGGAACGGCGUCGUGCGUGGUAACUACCUCUCUGUGUUUCUGGAGCUGUCAGCUGGUCUGUCUGAAACCUCCAAGUAUGAGUACCGAGUGGAGAUGGUGCACCAGGGCUCCAGUGACCCCAGUAAGAACAUCAUCAGGGAGUUUGCGUCGGACUUUGAGGUGGGUGAGUGCUGGGGCUACAACCGCUUCUUCAGACUGGACCUGCUCGCCACCGAGGGCUACCUGGACCGCCAGAACGACACGCUCGUACUCAGGUACCAGGUGAGGUCGCCCACCUUCUUCCAGAAGUGCCGAGACCAGGGCUGGUACAUCAGCCAGCUGGAGGCGGCUCAGACCAGCUACCUACAGCAGAUCCACCAUCUACAGGAGAGAUUAGCCAUGCAGCUGUUCCGCCAUGAGAAGAGCCCAGAGCAGAGGAAAGGGGGUGUCCGUGAGUCUCGGGCAGAGAAGGCGGGGCCAGAAGAAGAGGCGGGGCCAGCAUCAGUGGGCAGGACCGAGAGCAAGACAGAGGAGGAUGAGGACGACAAGACACAGCAGGACGACUCCAACGACCUGUCAGACGGUGAUUUGGAGGUGGACUGUAUGACGGUCGAUGACGAGGUGAACCCUCUGGACGGAAGUAGCACGUCCGGCAGCUCCACGGCAACUAGCAACACUGAGGAGAAUGACAUCGACGAGGAGACCAUGUCAGGGGAGAAUGAUGUGGAGUACGGUGCCACUCUGGAGCUGGAGGAGGGACACAUGCCAGAGGACGCCGCUGGAGCUGCAGGUGGUGUGGGUUCUGAUUCUGGCUCGCGGGCAUGUCGGCGCGGAGCGGCCAGCGCGAGCGCCAGUGGGCUCCUGGAGAUCGACCCGGUCAUCCUCAUCCAGCUGCUGGACCUCAAGGACCGCAACCACAUGGACUCACUGUGGGGCGUGCAGCCGAGACCGCCAACGCUGCUGCACAACCAGGCGGCAGUCCCCUCUCGUAAGGAGCGUGACCGUCGUCCUCAGGCAGUGCGUCGGUCAGCCCCAGACUCCGGGGUCCUGAUCCGGCUGAAGGCCCAGAUGGCGGAGGUGCGGAGCAAGAUGAGCGAUGUGAAGGGUCAGCUGGAGGCUCUGGGCGGGGAGGCGCGCGCCGGACCCUCCCUGGAGCUGGAGCUGCCGCCCCCCGGAGAGCCGGAGGGCAACGGCAGGAAGAGCGAGCUGGACCUGCUCUUCAAGGGCCCCGCCAGACACACCCGCGGCGGGAAGAAGUCUCCCCCGAAGCAGGACAGUGGGUGUGUGUUGAGUAGUGUGUUGGCACGUCGGCCUCUCGAGGGGGGGGAGAAGGAGCUGAGGGGGGGCGAGACUCCUGCCGAACCGCACAGCAGCAGCAUGGCUGAGGGUGUUGUGAAGCCGCGUAGCGUACACAGCUCUCCCCCGUCGCUGGGCAGCAGCUGUGAGCGGGACAUCCGUGAGGGGGGGUCACUCUACGGGGUCACGACCUCUGACCUCUUCUCUCUCAACGGCCUGACCACCGCCACCAAGACACGCAGGAACACCUUAGGGGCAGGCCUGCUGACUGACAGUUCUCUGGAUGGAGACCAGGAGGAGGGGCCUGCUGAAUCCCACCAAUCACGGCUCACGUUGGCAGAAAGCCACCAAUCAAGGCUCACAUUGGUUGAGCCCUCCUCCUCCCGCAGUGAUGAAGGUGUACUGUGUCCACAGCCUGUGGUGCACCUGAUGAGCAGUGACAGUGAGGUGGACUGCGACACUGAGAAUGAGAACGAGGAGGACGGGGAGGCUGGAGAAUACGACACACACACACUCCCUGAAGCAGGGGAACAGCUGUUGACAGAUGACUUGAGCUUCACAGCAGGAGAGGCCACUGAAAGGUGAUGAGUCUCCGUGACAACCGCGACCCAUGAUUCACAUCCCCUCUGUCUCACUUAGUAUUUUUGUUUGUUUGUUUGUUUGUUUUUAGUGUGUCUGACUAUGUUUAUUUGUUUUAUCUUUAUGUGCGAUUGUACACCUGCACUUUGCCCCUCCCUCUGUUUUGUGAGAGGGAGUUAUGUGAUCUUACUGUACAGAGUUCUUUGGGAGACACACACACACACACACACACACACACACUCCUUACAUACCUACUCCUUAUCCAGAUGUUGGAUAUAGAAACACGUACACACACACCCCUUUCCACCUCGGUCAGCCACUGUUUGAUGUGUGUGUGUGUGUGUGUUAUCUGUGUGUGUGUGAGUGUGUUAUCUGUGUGGGUAUGAGUGUGUUAUCUGUGUG